GCAACAGCGACGACCAUUCAGUUCUGUUUUGAAUUCAAUCGAGUGUUGACUUCACUUUGUUUUUAGUUAAAACGAACACUUUUAAGAAAACGGUUCGAAGGAAAAUAACGAUUUUAUUUUAGAAGAAAAAAAAAGUGAAUUUAGAUUUUGAAUUGAAGUGAAUUAAAUUUGUGAUUUUCGAAAGAAGACAUUCUUAUGCAUCGUGAUUUGGCAUUUGAUAAAUUGGUGAGAAUACGUAUACAAACAUACAAUCACUAUGUGGCAAAUAUACGUACAGUAGUCGUCUAGUGGUGAUAAUUUAAAAUUGUUUUCACCACAAAACGAUUUCAUCAAACAAAUCCAAUUCUACAGUGAAUUAUAUCGCAUUGAUAACAAAUUCACACAUGUAUUCGAUGGUUGAAUGCUAUACGGAUUACUCUGAAAUGGGACAAAUUAAUCAAGAUUACGGGUACAGAGAAAGACUGAUGAAUACAUUUGAAUUAGACCGUGUGUCCAAAGUGAUUGGAUACCAUCCCAGUUACUUGGAGCAUUUUUUGAACAUUCAAAAUUUCAUCAUGUGCGGUGAUGGACCUCUACCCUUUGUUUAUCGACAUUAUUUGGCUAUUAUGGCUGCAGCCCGGCAUAAAUGCACAUAUCUUAUAAAUCUACAUACGAAAGCGUUUCUAGAACAAGGUGGUGAUCGGACUUGGUUGAAUGGUUUAGAUUUUAUUCCGCCAAAACUGAGGUCGAUAUACACAAUCAACAAAAUCUUAGCACAUAGACCUUGGCUGUUGAAGAAAGAGCACAUCGAGGAAUUGACAACUGGAACAAAUAACUGGUCGUUAAGUGAAGUAGUUCAUGCAAUUGUUUUGCUGUCACAUUUUCAUUCGUUAUCGUCGUUUGUAUUCUCAUGUGGUCUUACCCAAGAAUUAGAAAAUACUUCUAGUCAAAAUAGUCGUUCAACUGUGCCACAGCAACACGUGGAAAAGACUGUCGAAUUACCUCAAUUACCUGAAAUAAUCGAAGUUAGUCAUCCGUUGUCGUCAUCACCUAAACAUAGUAACAACAAAUUGGAUGCUAGUAUAGAUCUAGGUGUUGAUGCGUUGAUGGCACGCAUGAAGAAUCUGUCAGAAAGGUCUCCCGAAUGUAACGAAGCCGAACUUUCGAAUCGUUUCAAAAGCGUUGAGCAACAAGCCGUUGAAUUGUCAGCAGCCAAAGCCGAGGCUGUUUUGAAUGUGCCGCAAAAUAUCAGCCAUUUGAUCGACGAUCCAACGUUCACAUAUCAAGACUUUCAACGCCGAGGCGAUACCGUUAGUAUUCCCACAUUUCGCAUACAGGACUAUUCGUGGGAUGACCAUGGAUAUUCGCUGGUCAAUCGGUUAUACAGUGAUGUUGGGAAUUUGCUGGAUGAGAAAUUCCGGGCUGCCUAUAAUUUAACAUAUUUCACAAUGGCCGAUCGAACAAAUGUGGACACAUCAAAGUUUCGCCGUGCCAUAUGGAACUAUAUCCAGUGUAUUUAUGGAAUUAGAUAUGACGACUAUGAUUACGGUGAGGUGAAUCAGUUGCUCGAGAGAUCGUUGAAAAUGUUUAUCAAGACAGCCUGUUGCUUUCCGGAAAGAAUAACCAAGCAGGAAUAUGACAGCAUUUUAGUCCAGUUACAACAUAGCGAAAAGGGCUCAAAUGACAAAACCCAAUUGAUUUAUACGAAAAAGGUACAUGUAAACCUUAUGAUUCUAGAAGCUCGUAAUCAAGCUGAAUUGUUGUACGCUUUGCGUGAAAUCAUGAGAUAUAUGACAUGAUCAUCGGGACUCAGACGUUUGGAUAUAUUUUUGUUCCAUAAUAUAAUCUAUUAAAACGAAGCAGUUAUCACAACACAGCCGAAUAAUUAUAAAUAUCAACAAACUAAAAAGAAGAAGAAAUAAUUUAAGUAAAAUUAAAACAUAUCCGUGAAAUAUAAAUGAAAUAACAAAGAGAAUGUACCACACUAACACGCAUCUUUUUAUGGAAAGAAGAAAUUUUUUAAUUUUGAGUUUUUUCGACAAGUGUUUUGGGUCGAUUAGGACAACGUUUUUUUUUUUAAUUUAUGUAAAUCUAAAACUGCUUUUUUAAGAUAUUUUAUUGUUAAAAUUUAGGAAAGAUUUUUACUUUUCGUUUAUACCCAGAACUGAAUAUUUUUUAUUAUUAGUUUGAGUAUACGUUUCGUUUGUUUGGAAAUAAAUUUUGUAAUUUUUCUCUUCUUUCUUUUUGUUAAAAUUGAUUUUCAAGGAUAUAAAAACCAUAACGUACAUAAAAUCACAAACGUUUUAAGUUUUUCAAAUUUAAAAUUAUUGAAAAUUAUGACGAAAAUUUUUUGUAAAUGAUAAAAAAAGGACAUAAUUUUUACAAAAACAAUGUGAUCUAAUCGUGCCAAAUAAUUAAAAUGAAAAAUUGACUAAGAUGUACAAUAAAGUAAUCAUUGUUGUUAGAUAAAAUUGUAUGUAUAAUAAAUAAGGAAAAAAAAAGAAAUCAAAAUGAAAUAAACGAGAAAAAAA